CGGCAGUUGCUGUGGUUUCGGUGCUGAGGUGGCUCCGUGCGCAGCGAGGUUUGCGGAUCCGCAUCGCGCGGCCGCUUCCCGCCCUCAGUGGCUGCAGCUCAGCGUCCUUUCUUCGGACCAGCGGCACCCGCUUUCUCGUUGCCGCUCGGUGCCGACUUCCAGUCCCGGGCCUAAGGCGGCUGCGGGGCCGCGACUGGCGAGAUGUUCAAGAACACGUUCCAGAGCGGCUUCCUCUCCAUCCUCUACAGCAUCGGCAGCAAGCCCCUGCAGAUCUGGGACAAAAAGGUACGGAAUGGCCACAUCAAAAGAAUCACUGACAAUGACAUCCAGUCCCUGGUGCUAGAGAUUGAAGGGACAAAUGUCAGCACCACAUACAUCACAUGUCCUGCAGACCCUAAGAAGACACUGGGAAUUAAACUGCCUUUCCUUGUCAUGAUCAUCAAAAAUCUGAAGAAGUAUUUUACCUUUGAAGUACAGGUACUAGAUGACAAAAAUGUUCGUCGGCGGUUUCGAGCAAGUAACUACCAGAGUACCACUCGUGUCAAGCCCUUCAUCUGUACCAUGCCCAUGCGGCUGGAUGAUGGUUGGAACCAGAUUCAGUUCAACUUGUCUGAUUUCACCCGUCGGGCGUAUGGCACAAACUACAUCGAGACCCUGAGAGUGCAGAUCCAUGCAAACUGUCGUAUCCGAAGGGUUUACUUCUCUGACAGACUCUACUCAGAAGAUGAGCUGCCAGCAGAGUUCAAACUGUAUCUCCCAGUUCAGAACAAGGCCAAACAAUAACUGGACGGCAACUAAGGGGGACAGACUCUGGACGUGACUCUUAGUUUAAAAAGGAAACUACAUGGAGAUGAUGCAAAACAUUUAAAUAAUCCACUGUGCUAUGGCUCACUUACGACUUCGUAUCCUUGUCAUGGACACAAGUGACCAUGCCACAGUUCUGUUACUUGCAUUCUAAGUUCAGUGGAGCAAAGCAGAGCUUUGAGUGACAUACAAGUGCUGGGGUUUCCUGCGCUGCCUGCCCUGGCAUGUGAGAGACACACUCAACAAAUGCAUGGAGUUAAAGACAUCCUACAAGGCAGAUUCAGACCAACAUUUCUUCCUAUAGUUUAUUCUUUCUUUUAUAUAUUAUCUAAAUAUAUGUAUAUGUUGUCUAAUACGCAUAAUCCGGAAAUGAAUAAAAUGCUAUAUUCUUG